AUGUCAACGGAAAUGGUUUCAACUUCACCGUGGACUCUCUCGCCGGCGGAGGGAGGCGAAGGCUUGAUCCUGACCAUAUACAGACUCUCACCCAGUACUCUCCAUCAUCUUCCUCAUUCAUCGAGGAUAAAAGACAUCCAAGUGAGAUACCCAAGGGAUCAGGUUCUCGAGUUCGACCACCUCCAGCACCUUGUCAGCGCAUACCCAAACAUAGAACGUCUCUCCCUCGUCGCUGCAGGCAUCAAGUUUGACCCUCGCAAACCCCCAUUGCAACAAUCUCAGAUCCUCCAUUCUUCCCUGAAGAUGCUCCGACUCUAUUUUCACGAGAACUCCGUGGCUCUUUACUGCCUUCUUCGAUGUCUCAUUCCGAGUAGCAAGCAGACCCGGAUCCACGCCCACGGGGAGUUCCACGACCGUCAAAACGCCUACAGGAUCGGUGCUUUUCUAUCGCUUUCCAUGCUCCGAUUGGAUCCUUUUGUGUCUAUCAAUUGGCUCAGCAUCUUACAAUCAUCACCCUUGGACGGCUCAGCGACUCCUUAUGUUCAGUUGCAACUGGGAUACUGUGAGGAAAUUGGUUGUGUCGGACAGGAUCCUUACCGAGUCAUAACCAUAAAUGACCCAGGUCUUCACUGUCUCUCUCGAACCUUUGUCGAAGCACCUGGCAUAAUCAGCCAGCGUUCGACGUCAAUCAAACAUGUCCGUAUCCAGAUCGACGAGCCAGUUCAGAUGGUGCACCUGCUCAAUGCUCUGAAGGCCGUCCCAAAUAUCAUAUCGUUGGCCAUCGUACUCCGCCAAAAUGCCGAUCUCACAGACUCCAUUCCACGUUCCCCAUUGCCCAUCCUCGUCGCUCGUCUCCCGCAGCUUCAAGAACUGACAGUUCAAGCCUCGCGAUCGGAUAUUCGUUUUCAGACCCGCCUUGAUGCUCUCGAUCGAUUGUUUGGAUAUAUCAUGUUUCCGGAUGAGGCGGAGGUGGAUUAUUUGCUCGACUGA